AUGCAAAAAUCAAACAAUUUGAACAAUCGACAAUUGCUCGUUCUUUAUGGAAGCCAGACGGGAUAUGCUCAAGAUAUUGCUGAAAGGAUUGAAAGACAGGCAAGGCGACGCCUUUUUAAAACUAGGCUUUUUUCAAUGGACUCUUAUGAUAGGACCAAUCUUAUAAAUGAAGAACUUGUAAUUUUUAUUUGUUCAACAACUGGACAAGGUGAUGAACCAGAUAACAUGCGAAAAUUCUGGAAAUUUUUAUUGAGAAAAAACCUUCCAAAUGACAUUUUGAAUCAAUUGAAGUUUGCAGUAUUUGGUCUUGGGGAUUCUUCAUAUGUAAGGUAUAAUUGGCCUGCCAAAAAACUUUUUAAACGUCUUAUUCAGUUAGGUGCACAGAGUUUGCUUCCUCGUGGAGAAGGAGAUGAUCAACAUUAUCUUGGUGUAGAUGGUACACUUGAUCCAUGGCUUGAAGAACUUUGGAAAAUAUUAAUGGAAAAAUAUCCAUUGCUACCAAAUACUGAAGUAAUUCCUGAUGACGUUUUAUUAUAUCCUUCAAUUUACAGAAAAAUAUCUAGUUAUCGAAUUCAAUUUAUUGAUCAUAAUCUUGACUCGGAUAAAGUUAAACCGAUUAAAAGUGAUCAUCUAAUUGCGCAUUUAGUUAAAAAUACACGUAUAACUGCAUAUGACCAUUUUCAAGACGUGCGUCAUAUCGAAUUAGAUAUCUCUGAUUUUAAUGAAUCUGAUGCAAACUUUAAUCCUGGUGAUGUUGCAAUCCUUUUUCCAAAGAAUUUAUCUGAAGAAGUAGAUGAGUUUCUCGAGUUGCUAAAUUUGUCUGAUACAGCAGAUGAUACUUUUAUUCUCUUACCAAAUGAUGAAAAAGAUCGUGAGGUACCUCCUGGUUUGGAUUCAAUUUUAACUUUGAGAAAACUGGUUGAAAAUUAUCUGGAUAUUUCCAGUACUCCUCGUAGAUCGUUCUUCGAGUUCUUGUCUUUUUUUACGACAGACGAGGAUCAUACAGAAAAGUUGAGAGAAUUUUGUUCUGCGGAAGGUCAAGAUGAUUUAUACGCGUAUAAUCAACGCGUACGACGCACAAUAAUUGAAGUACUUCAAGACUUCUCAUCUGCUAAAAUACCUUUGGAAUAUAUUCUUGAUAUGUUUCCAAAAUUACAACCACGACAAUUUUCAAUUUCCUCCUCUAUGAAAGUUCAUCCGGGAAAAAUUCAUUUGACAGUUGCUAUAGUUAAUUAUAAGACUAGAUUGGUUAAACCGAGGACAGGUGUUUGCACAAAAUGGUUGUCAGGUUUGGAGCCAGAAUGUUGCACCAUUCCAGUUCAAAUUACACGCGGAACAAUGAAAUUACCUACUUCAAUUUCCACUCCAAUUAUUCUUAUUGGACCAGGAACUGGAAUUUCGGUUAUGCGAGCUUUUUUGCAAGAACGCGUAUCAGAGGGCGCGACAGAUAAUUAUUUAUUUUUCGGGUGUAGGAAACAAGAUAAAGAUUAUUAUUAUAAAGAAGAAUGGGAACAAUACGUCAAAGAUGGUCAGUUAAAAGUAUUUGUGGCAUUCUCUAGAGAUCAAGACAGAAAAAUAUAUGUCCAAGAUAUUCUUAAAGAAAAUGCUCAAUUGGUAUGGGAGAUCGUACAUGAAAGAAAUGGAUUUGUAUAUGUUUCUGGACGAGCAGAUAAGAUGCCUAUAGAUGUUAUGAAUGCUUUUAAAUCAAUAUUUAUUUCUGAGGGAGCAAUGACUGAGGAAGAGGCUGAAAAAUAUAUGACUUUAAUUGGAAGAACCGGAAGAUACCAACAAGAGGUUUGGUGA